AAAGAGUAUCAGUAAUCGAUAUUCAGUUGGUAUCAAGAAAAGAACUGUAAUAUAGAAAAAAUAAUGUCUGAUAAUAUCACAAUUACAAUAAAAUCAUCCGGGGAUGUUAAAUAUGAAGUCAAUGUAUCUCCAACCAUAACGGUUUUAGAAUUGAAGGAAAAAAUUGCCGAAGAAUCAUCUGUUCCAGCUGGUAAUCAAAGAUUGAUUUAUUCUGGUAAAGUUUUGAAAGAUGGCGAAACCGUUUCUUCGUAUAAAGUUCAAUCUGGUCAUACCAUUCAUUUAGUUAAGAGUGCCGGAGCUAAACCAGCAUCUGCUUCGGGUACUACUAAUUCGACUACUGCUGCUAGUGGAUCGGAAACUCAAAAUUCUACUGCUUCCAACAAUUCCGGUGUUCCUUCUAAUAUUGCUGCGGGUCAAGGUUCUUUCAAUCCAUUAGCUGAUCUAACUGGUGCUCGUUACGCUGGUUAUACUCAACUACCAUCGGCUUCUAUGUUUGGUCCUGAUGGGGGUAUGAAUAGUGGUAUGCCUGAUCCUGAGCAAUUAUCCCAAAUGAUGUCUAAUCCCAUGUUUCAAGAAAGUAUGAACUCGAUGUUAUCUAAUCCUCAAAUGCUUGAUUUCAUGAUUAACCAAAACCCUCAAUUGAGAGCCAUGGGUCCUCAAGUAAGGGAAAUGUUUCAGAGUCCCUUUUUCAGACAAAUGUUAUCUAAUCCUGAAAUGAUGAGAUCUAUGAUGAGUCUAAGCAGCCAAGGUGGAUUCCCGGGCCUUGGUGGUGCAGACGCAGGUGCUAAUUCUUUCCCAGCUCCUGGUGCCAAUCCAACCGUUGGUGGAGAAUCUGCCAGAAACGAAGACUCUAACACUACUGAAAACUCUGGUGCCAACACCAACUCUAACAAUAACAAUGCUGCUGCCAAUCCUUUUGCAUCCAUGUUUCCAAAUGGUGUUCCUCCAAUAGACCCUUCUUUCUUAUUUGGUGGUGCAGGUGCAGGCGCCGGUGCAGCUCCUGCUCCUGCUGAUAACCGUCCUCCAGAAGAAAGAUACGAAAGCCAACUUGGUCAAUUGAACGACAUGGGCUUUUUCGAUUUUGAUAGAAACGUUGAAGCCUUGAGAAGAAGCGGUGGUAGUGUCCAAGGGGCUGUUGAAUACUUAUUGUCCAACAUUUAACCUUUGACUUCUUCUUCGAAUUUGUAUUUUCUUUUAGUUUAAUGUUAAUAUUUGAAUUUCUUUGAGUAAGAC